ACCCGCUUUUGUCGACGUUGACUUUGAUUUCUGCAAUUUGAACGCUGAGGUCGAUUACCAUGCUAUCAAUCAGUUAUUGAUUCAACUGUUCGGCGCGGGCGCCGAAGGCUUGCAGACAGGAACGUCAACAGAUUUGAUCUUGUCGGCAGCGAACUCUGGCGUCGAGAACACCAUCAAAACAAAUGGCGAAGAGAGCAACCCGUGUACUCUUCCUACUGUCUUGAGCUGCGAUGCAUACCGAGAUAGUCCUGCUGUGAAGGCUCUCAUAGGGUAGUAUAUGCUGCCAAAGAUAUCAGCGGAUCUUACCCUCUACAGCACGUUGUCUUUGCUGCCUGCACCAAAAAUACAGGUUCAAAAUCGGGCCAAAGCCCACCUAGGACUCGUCUUGUGUUAACGCUUGAUCAACAUGCCGGUCCAGGUCGUUCCACCCAUGUAUCGUAUGCUCGUCGCCAAAUUACAGGACGUAGUCGCGGACGGUGAUCCUUAUAAUUUCACCCACUCCAGUGCGUAUCACCUGACACCCGAAGAGGAGACACGAUGCAAGUUAGUAGAAAGUUCUGAGUUAGGCAGGAGCAGAAAUAGUGUAUGUGGAUUCCAUGCACAAGACGGGAAAAUAGCCUUUAUUGCGCAACGCGUGGAAUUCCGCUACCGUUGUCGCUGGAAAUCCGAGUGGCCAAAGGAAAUACCGGCAAAUAUAAGGGACCCGUUCCGGGUACCGCGCUAGGUACCCCUAUCUUGCAGCGAAUUUUCGCAGACUUCGCACGUUGGUGGGCCAUUGCCUGUUGACUAGGAACCCCUAUAUGUAGGUGAAAGUUCCUAUGAAACUAUCUUGAGCAAGUUCGUUCGAGGGUUGACCUCCAUCGUAGUAUCGCCAGUCGGCCUCCUGUGUUGGAGAGACUGUUCAGCAGGCAGGGAUUCCGCGAUUUGGCAUCCCCCGGUUCCUCUCGGUCGAUUUCAUGUCUGCUCGCCUCGUCACGUAAUCGCCAGGAUUUUUAGCUCAAAAUCGACAGACAAUGAUCCACCAGGUAAUGCUGAAUAUCAAAUAUUAGC